UUUCCGCAGCCCGCUUGGGCACUGCUGGAUGAGUGCACCAGUGCAGUGGCUCUCGAUGGGGAGGAGAGCAUGUAUCGCCAUCUUAGAGAUGAAUUUCACUGUACGGUCCUUACAGCAUCGCAAAAGCCGUGGUUGCUCAAUUUUCACUCGCAGUUAUUGGAGCUAGGGACAGGGACUGGAUACGCCAGCUGGAGUGUUACUAGGAUCAAUGAUGGGAAUGGUCAAACAGAUGGCUCUGGGUUAUCUCGAAGGUUACCAGACUUGGUUUAUGUAGAUAAGCGUCAGCCGAAUGGCGUCUUGCCCCAGCGGCCUGUGAAUCAG